UCCUAUCGGCGUAACCAAAGGUGGACUAAAGUCACUAAACACGACGGAAACCAUUCACCAAAUACUCUCAAAUUUUCCGUGCAAACAAACAGCAAAAGCAAGAAGCAGAAAGAUCGCCUACCACCAAUUAUCCCCACUUCCCAAGCCCUUCCUACCUCUCUCUAUCUCUUCCAAGAUAUCCAUCUUCAACAACCCUGCUUUGUCCUUAUUUAUUUUGAAUAAUUUUCUUCAAUCCACAAUCCUGGACCACCACUCUACAGGUCUUCUUCUGUACCCAUCUAUCCAUUCCUCCCGAUGGGACUGUUCAGGAAAAUAGCGGGAUUUCUAGGGCUUGGAAAGGAUGACGGCCACGAAACCAGAGACGAAGAGGGCGAUGAAGACAACAACAACAAUUCCGAUACCCGGACCCAUGAUCGUGCUCCUUUCCAAGAAACAGGGCUUCCUCGUAGAGGCUUUGGCGUGCCCAUCCAGGUCGUUGUCGACCGGUCCCAGCUCGGCCCGAUCCUCGUCCCCUGUAACCCCAGCGACGGCGGUAUCCAGGGUCUGAGAUGGUAUGCAAAGCGACUCAGGAUAGAUGAAGAUGGAGAUGUAGCAGAUGAAUUCAUUGACGAGCUCCUGCCGGAGAGGUUGACCAAUAAAGAAGAUCAUCCACGGCCAUUCCCCAGGUUUGAAGUGAAGAACAGUACCAGGCCGGCUAAAGUGAAGAACCUGGUUUUGUCAGCUAAUGGGAAAAUACAGUGUGUGGAACACCAAGGUGGGGAAAGCCUCCAAAAAUUGUUCCAAGUAGAACCUUUACAAAGAGAAAAAAAUCUCACUUAGAAAAAAUUGAUUCGUUCGAUAAGAGAACAUCAAAAGUAUCAAAUGGAUAAUAUGUAAUUACUCAUUUCUAUAAUUUAUCAUAUUUCUCGUUUCUUAAAACCCAACCUUCAUUGAACUUUUCUUGGUUUAUGGAUUUUUUUUCUUGUUUGGAAUCUUUUGGCACACUGUAAAAACUUUUACUUUUAUAUUAAGUCAUUAAUUUAUAAAAA